CACUACUGUUUUAUAUAACUGUAAAAAUAAAAAUUCAUAUAAUUAAUAAUUUUAUCUUUGAUUUAAAUUUAAAAAAAAUACAUAAGUAUUUACAUGUAUACAGAAGUAGAAAAGGUGUGGUAAAUUAUCAGGACAAUAUGCUUAUUUCAAUCAUAACACGGAAACAGGAAAUCUUUAAAUUGUUUCGAAACGCGUACUUGUAUGAUUUUAAUUACUUUUAUAUGCAAAGCGCAAGAAUAAAAAAAACUGUAAUUUCAAAUUCGAAGUUGAUAUAAAGCAUACAAUAUUUACUGAAUUAUAUAAAAAAUAAUCUUAAAACUAAGGAAAAUAUAUUAGAUAUUUUUCCAUGUAAUAUUACCAUAAAAUGAUUGUUCAAAAUUAUUCAAACCUACAAGAUAGUGUAUCUACUGUAACCGCCAGGAUAAGUAUGCCGGCAAAUAUUACAAUAUAUUAUGCCAGAUACAGAAAUAAUUGUGAAAAUUAAAGGGAGCCGUAAACGUCCAUCAACCAUGGUUAGCAGCAUUCCAACUAGUCAUAAAAGUAUAGAAGAGAAAAAAAGACCUAGCAAUAGUGAUGAUACUUAUCCAAACUGGGGUAGACUUUUCAGAGAACAAUAUAAAACUGUUAUAAAACCAACUGUGAGCUUAUCAGGUUCAAAAUCAUCAAAACAUGAUGGUGAAACUAAAGAAACUAAGAAACAUUUUUUGAAUCAUCAGAAAUUGGAUCACAAAUUUCUAGAUGAAAUUCCAGUCAAACAAAGUUCUCAGAAAAGAAUAGAGGAACAUAUAAAAUCCACGCCUCAUACUACAAAUCCAUCAAGUAUAUCGAUACCAAGUACUGUGGAAUCUGUUGUAGUUUAUGACAAAGGAAUACAAUGUGAUGGAACAUGUGAUUAUUCUGAUGACAAAUUUGGGGUAUUCAAUCCAGUUCGUACAUUACAUUUUUUAAUAAAGGAAUUAGUACACUUAGUUAAGGAUGACAAAGCUAAUGAAAUUCUUGCUAAUAUGGAGCAAGCAUUAGUUAGAAUACCAAUGGAACCCAGUAAAUUACCUAUUGUGUAGACAAGUUAAUGAACAACGAUUGUUAUUAAAUAAUGCUUGGGAAAGGCAAUUAGAUCUAGAAACGACUGAAAAAACACAAAAACAAGAAUUAGAAAAGGCAGUAAAAACUAUUCAAGCUAGAGAUAAAACAAUAACUGAAUUAACAGAAAAGAUGAAUGGUUAUGAAUCUUCUCAAAAAAUUGUAGCAGAAUUAAAAAUGAAUCUCGCUGAACAAACACAACGUGCAAGACGAUUGAAUUCAGAGAUGCAAUAUUUAAGACUUGAAAAAGAGAAACUUUCAGUUUUAUCAUCAUACAAAGAUUCAUUAUUAACUGAACACCGUAAUACAAUCAAGGAGUUACAAUGCGUGGCAGACCAAUUAAGUAAUUUAAAAGAUAUUCCCGAAGAAAAUUUAAAUCCACAAAUUUUAUUUGUACAUGGACAACGUCUAUGUUCAUCACGUACUUCUACCUCUUGGCACGAUAUAUCUGAUCUUUCUUUAUCUACGGUGGAGCAUGAUACGUCUAAACUUAAAAAUGUGCAAGAUUUUCUGCAUGAAUCAAAUAAAAUACCAGUGUUUUCAGAAAUUCAAAACGAAAAUUUAGAAAAAAAACAAGUAAAAAAUAUUAAGGAGUCUUCAACUAAGGAUUUAGAGUUCAUUAGUUUACCUGCUGGAGAAUCUUCACUUACUCUUUUACCUUCGUAUAAAGAUUUGGGUUGCAUAGAAAUUAAUAAAUCUGUUGAUCAAGAGAAAGAUGAUGCAGUAAUGUUUAGUAAUAAAAGAAGCGACAAUUUACACAAUUUUAAAGAUACGAAUAAAAUAUCAUCAGAACAUUUAAAUUUAUCCAUUGAAAAGAACACUAUAAAAGAAUCAGCUAGAAUGAUGAAAUCUGUAGAAUCAAAUAAAAAACAAAGUUUUCCUGAUAAUACAAUGGACUGUAACAUAACAGAACAAUUUCAGAAUAUUGUCCAAGAUAUAAGAAUGCAAAGUCGGAUUCCAGUCAAUGUACCAAGUCCACUGAGGAGUUAUCCUCAUCCUGAAUGGAGCGAUAGUACUUUACCUAGUAUCAGGACCGAGAAACGUUCAUUUGCUAACAACUAUCGCAAUACGAACACAGUCCUAACAUUCGAUGCGUGUAAAAUAAGUUUAAUGUUAUCUUCGAGACGAAAAAGACUGUCUUCGUAUUUGAACGACUUCGAUGAAGAUUGUGAUAAAAUGUGAAAUAUUAAAAAUGUUUAUUUAUACGCGUCUAAUAUUACGAAGGAACUUUCUUCGAUCAAAUUUCAGAAACGGAAUUUUAUCCUAUAUUUUUGUUAUCUUUUUUCGUUUAAAAUUAUGAAAAAUUACAAAUCUGAGAUUUACAAUUUGUAUUCUCGCGCCAUUUCCCCAUUCACCUACCAGAUUCAAGAUACACUGAAUUUGAAAACGCUGUGAGACAUUUGCGCAUUCGAAGAAAAUGCCUUCGUAUUCACGCGAUAUUGAAAGAUUAAAGUUCCCUUGUCGGAUACGUAUACUUUCACGUACAGGUCAGUACGGUUGUCCUUACGACAUAUUCGAGAUAUUUUUAAAAACAUAAACUAUUUCUUAAUGCUUUUUCAAUGGUCUUCGUAAUUAACCUUAGAAACAGUAUUUUAAAACUCAUAAUACAAAAAUUCUUAUCCUAAGAAGAAUAUAAUCGAAGAUUGACAUUAGUAACAACUCUCGAAUGAAACUUGCGCGAAAAAUUCAAGACACCUGAUUAAUAUCUUGAAUAAUAUUUUUUACAGUGAGAGGGAAGUGCAUAGAAUCCACCAUGGUGUCGUAAUUUUUGUCGACGUACAUAAAUACUUAGGUUCGUAUAUAUUUCAUUAUUUGUCGUACGAAAUUACCAAUAUCUCGGUAAUAAUCUACGAUACAUCACGAAUCACAAAUGUUUCGUUAUUUUUACGUAUUGAUAUCGUAAUGACUCUGAGGUAUUACGUACAUUCGUAAUUUAAGAAAAAUCUGCAUUCUUCGAACGAUCAUUCUCGGGAAAUAUAUUUUCAAAUCUUAUUCGAUAUUAUAAACGAAAUUUUUGUUAACUCCACUUUGUAAUCGAUAAUCCCUGUAGGAGAUUAUGAAAUUAAGUAAUCGAUAGCGCCGAUUGCCAAUUAAACGAGCAUCGCGACAAUUUCUUCGAAGAGAUUAUAAAAAAAAAAAAAAAAAAAUAAUGACGAAAGAAACGAAGAACCGUUUGAAUUUGGCGCUUCCCUAAUUGGCUAUCGGCGCUAUUACCUUGAAGGUUGUCACGUGCUGUUCAUGCUCGAUAAUCAAACGGUCGAAUAGUUUCACGCUUUUAAAACUGACAGUAUUUUUAAAUUGUCAUUUUUAAAUGUUCAGUUGGUAACACGCGAGUGUUCCGAUUAUGUGUCGAAGUCGAAUUGUGAACGAAAAUACGUUUAAUUAAUGUAAAACCGGUUAUUUGUAGUGAAAUAGAUUGUAAUUAAAGUACCAAGUAUGUACAAGAAUGAAUUGAGUAUGAAGAAACAUUAGGUAAAUACACGUGGUUAAGUAAUUCAUGAAAGUUUCACUUUUACAGGUGCAAAAUUCGUAUACGAAGGAACAAACGAAGGUUAUCACGCUAUUUGCCAACCAGAUUUCGGCCAUCGAUCUAUUUUGAUUACAAUCGUCAAAAGGGUGAGUGAUGAAAAAAAAGUUAAUUUAACAAUUAACAGCACAUUGAAAACCUUCGCAUAUUACAUGUAUGUAGGUGUGUGAGCUGUUUGAUGUGUUACGUGUGUAUGUAUAUAUAAUAAUAUAUAGCUAUCUUAA